AUGGCUUCAGAACUGGCAAUGAACAAUUCCGACCUGCCCAGUCCCCUGGCCAUGGAAUAUGUUAAUGACUUCGAUCUGAUGAAGUUUGAAGUGAAGAAAGGAACCGGAUGGAGACCGACCGCAUCAUCAGCCAGUGGUGGCCGUCUCAUCGACGGGGGCUCGCUGUCCUCCACCCCCAUGAGCACGCCCUGCAGCUCGGUGCCCCCCGUCCCCCAGCUUCUCGGCGCCCAGCCGGGCUCGGGCAGCGAACAGAAGGCGCACCUGGAAGACUACUACUGGAUGACCGGCUACCCGCAGCAGCUCAACCCCGAGGCGCUGGGCUUCAGCCCGGAGGACGCAGUCGAGGCGCUCAUCAGCAACAGCCACCAGCUCCAGGGUGGCUUCGAUGGCUACGCGCGAGGAGCACAGCAGCUGGCCGCGGCGGCGGGGGCCGGCGCCGGCGCAUCCCUGGGCGGCAGCGGCGAGGAGAUGGGCCCCGCCGCCGCCGUGGUGUCCGCCGUGAUCGCCGCGGCCGCCGCGCAGAGCGGCGCGGCACCCCACUACCAUCACCACCACCACCACGCCGCGGGGCACCACCACCACCCGACGGCCGGCGCCCCGGGAGCCGCGGGAGGCGCGUCCGCCUCUGCGGGCGGCGCGGGUGGCGCGGGCGGCGGUGGACCGACCAGCGCCGGGGGCGGCGGCGGCGGCGGCGGCGGGGGCGCGGCGGGGGCGGGGGGCGCCCUGCACCCGCACCAUGCCGCGGGCGGCCUCCACUUCGACGAACGCUUCUCGGACGAGCAGUUGGUGACCAUGUCGGUGCGCGAGCUGAACCGGCAGCUGCGCGGGGUCAGCAAGGAGGAGGUGAUCCGACUGAAGCAGAAGAAGAGGGCGGACUGAAAAACCGCGGGCUAUGCCCAGUCCUGCCGCUUCAAGGGGUGGCAGCAGAGACACGUCCUGGAGUCGGAGAAGAACCAGCUGCUGCAGCAGGUCGACCACCUCAAGCAGGAGAUCUCCAGGCUGGUGCGCGAAGGGACGCCUACAAGGGAGAAAUACGAGAAGUUGGUGAGCAGCGGGGUUCCGAGAAAGACGCCUCCAGCAGCGACAACCCGUCCCUCUCCCGAAUUUUUCAUGUACCCAAGGGACUCUUCUACAUCUGUGAUGUGAGCAAAGCAGUUGCCUGGAGUCAAACAGAGAAGACAGUCUGCUUAUUCGCCCCUUGUUGCGUGCACACAAGCAAGGUUUUAUUUUCUGAGAUUGGAAACUAUUUUUUACAAAGGUACCUUGGACGCGCUUGCACCCAGGAUGUCAGUGCAUGUGACGAGCAUCUUGGAGCCCGAAGCACCUGAGCAGGGGGUUAUCUGGAGCUCUCCCUUUCAAAGAAGAAGAAAAUACACAGAAGGGGCCCUCAAUGAGUACCCUGGCAUGCGUGGAGAUGGACCGUCAUGACGUAGGACCUUAUUUUCUUAAGCAGACACUGUGAUUUUAACUAAGACGUUUCGCUUUGAACUGCUUUAGCUACAGAGAUUAUGAGGAAAAUUUUAAAAUGCAUACUUCAAGAACCAGUGGCAUUUAACAUGUGUUAGGGCCACAUGGAGGCCACACCUGUUUGUCGGCGUUCGAAUAAACAUCCGCGCGCUCAAACAUCCCACCCAGCCACUUACAGACUUGAAGGAUGUGAGGAGAAGCUGCUGGGAACAGCAGUCUCCCAGGAGACAGAACCGAUGUCGUCUUCAGUCCUUUAUACAAGUCCAGCAGCAGAAACUUGCAUCCCCUAUAAAGAAGUGGAGGGUACUGGGCACGAAGCAAUGUAGGGGCCAGGUGACCAUUUAGUACAAUCUUGCUUAGGUGUCUACCGUGCCACUUCCACCCCAGUUAGUCUGUCCCCAGCCUUCCUGGGUCACACACUCCAACUUUAGGCCUCAGUUUGUACUGUAAGAACCCAAGCGUCCUCUCCGUGGCCUCUUUUCCUGAGCAGGGUGGAGUCCAGAGCCGUGACUUCUCAUGGUCUUGGCCCCCAAGGACUCUUGUUGGUCUCCAAACAAAUGAUUCCCGUACUUUGAUUUUAGGAAGCAAUAGGAAAGGCUUUCCCUCUCAAAAAUAAUGAUCGCCAUUCCAGCCGCAGUUUGAAACAUAAUUGAUGACACAUCUCCUUAAAACUCUAUAAUGUGUAAGGAGUCACUCAGGACCCUGCCGGGCACUGAAGAUAAAUCAGUGUUGGUAAAUCACGCCAACGUAAGCCCUGUUGAAUACAAGUUGUCAGAGAAAUCGGCACUGGUACUGAAAAGAAUACAGUUUCCACAUCUUGAAGAUAGGAAUUGUCCCUCAAAGAGGAGCAUAAAGGAUUAAAUAUGGUAAUAUAUGUAAAGCACUUGGAUUAAAUAUGUUAAUGUAUGUAAAACACCUGCACUGGGUAAACACCCCCACCAUGUUUGGCCAUGGACAAUGUUACACGGGAUGAAAUUCUGACCUUGACACUUAACAAGCCUUGGUUUACAUUAGAAUGACUUUGUGAUUACAGUAUCAAACUCUUCCCCCACCCCCCUUUGCUUUAAAAUAAAUGAUUUCAAAAUCAGAAAACGGAGGUUGGUAUAGAACAAUAGCUUAUGGCUAUUCUUUUAUUAAAAAUCCCAUCACCCCUAAAAAUAUAAAAUCAUUGUGCUUUGGGGAUCCCUCUGCUCAAAUAUUUUAGGAAAAUUGUGUGUUAAACAUUUAAUAUUGCUGUCAUCCAUCUCCGAGCUUUUAUAUGCUAAUAUGUAUGCCCCGUAUACAUAUUAUACUAACACAGAUGGCAUGCAGUAUUUUCCAAACUUGUGCGAACAUGGACCCUGAUUUUUAAACAACCAUUUCCUGUAAAUAGCAUUGUGCUGGGGCAAUUUUGGAAAAAGAAAUGAUGAUUGCCUAAAGUAUUAAAGUCCUGACAUUUCUUUCAUUUA